CACGCGCCUCCCAUCCACGCCGCCACGAUGCCCAAGAGGAAGGUUAGCGGAUGGAGCGCCGCGGAUGGAGCGGCGAAGGCGGAGCCCAAGCGCCGCUCCGUGAGGCUGUCGGCCAAGCCCGCCCCUGCCAAGGUGGACGCGAAGCCGAAGAAGGCCGCGGGAAAGGAUAAGUCAUCAGAUAAAAAAGUGCAGGCAAAAGGGAAGAGGGGAGCAAAGGGCAAACAGGCUGAAGUGGCCGACCAGCAAACCGCAGAUCUGCCCACAGAGAACGGAGAGACCGAAAACCAGAGUCCAGCCUCUGAAGGAGAAGAAAAAGAAGCCAAGUUCGACUAACCAUCCAUCAUGUCU